UUAAUGAUGAAUUAUCCUCAAACAGAGGGGGAAGAAAAAGUACUGAAUGAUGACCUGGAAUGUAAAAUCUGUUAUCAGAAAUUUAACAUUCACAGCAGGAAACCCAAAAUCCUGGAUUGCCUCCAUAGGGUGUGUGCCAAAUGCCUGACAAAAAUCCUCCAUGUUGGAGAUGGCUCCCUUUGCAUCAGCUGCCCCUUCUGCCGCCAUGAGACAGAACUGCAGGAAGAGGAAGUGGAAGGGCUCCCCGACGAUACAAACGUUCUGUCCAAACUCGGGGCCAAAGACAAAAUGGCAUGGAGCUCAGACUGCAAAGAAGUGGUCUUGACACCCAAGAACCUGGAUUCUUCCAGUCCUUCUAAUGGAUCCUCAAAUUGUUUGGUGAUAACCAUCAUGGAAGUGCAGAGAGAUUCCACAAGGACUCCCAGCCAAAACACUCUCUCGGAUUACUACACUGAUCACAGCCUUGACUCAGCAUCGGUAAACUCUCACAGCCAUCUCGAUCCAGACGUUUUCUCUAAACUCUGUAAGCACGUCCCCAGAAUACUAGUGUGGCUGCUGGGGUUUUUCUACUUCGGUUCUUUGCCGCUUGGAAUCUAUUUGUUGGUGAUUCAGAAAGUGACACUUGGAAUUGUCUGCGUCAGUCUCGUUCCAUCCAGUCUAACUGUGUGCCUCGUAUAUGGCUUCUGUCAAUGCCUCUGCCAAGGAAUGUGUGACUGCUCUUCUAGAAACUGA